CCCUGCUCCCGCAAAUUGACCAUGGCCGAAGCUCUUGGGAUCGCUGCUGGCAUCGUGCAACUGCUCGACCUCAGUAGUCGCGUCCUGCUCUCGUCAUCUCGCCUCUAUGAAAAGUUGAAGAAUGUGCCUGGAGAAAUCGAAACCGUGAGAAGAAACACGCAGCAGUUCAUCGACUUACUUCACACGAUCAGCGUCGCUGUGUACGCUUCGAAUGGAUUGCCACCCACCUCAACAACGACGCAACCGGCAUGUAUUAUCCUCGAUGCCAUCGCAGAAUCCAGAGAUCUAGCUUUCUUGUUAGAAUCUCUGUCGAUACCGAAAUCAAAUGCGGUAAAGCGUGCAUGGGCGGCAGUAGUGAGUGUGAAGAAGCAAACGGAAAUCGCAGAGAGAUCUCAGCGCAUCGAGUCGCUUAAAUCCUCGUUGCAAAUCUGGUAUCAGCAUCAUAACCAACUGAGACUGGAAGCUCAAAUGGCACAACUUGCGAACUCCCAACAACUCCUGACAUCGGUUGUGCGUUCGCUCGAGUCUCAGUGCAACACAAAAUUCAUCUCAAAUAGAGACAUUUCAGCACAGCUACGGAGCCCCGAGCUUCAAGGACUCCCACCCGCACUCGAGCAACAUAGGCAACGGAGACCGAGGCCAAUUUGUCGCUGCCUGCCUACAAGUAAUGUGACAUCGGUUUCAUUUUACCCUCUUCAGUUUUUCCUUUCCAAACGGCGACAUUCACAGCAUUGUCCAGGAGAAGAAGCAUCUUCUACAUCGUGGGGACUCGGUGUACGCGCCCUCGCACCAAGGAUUCAGAUCAUUUUCAACAUGGCCCUAGGUGUGGCAACCUUCUCCCUGAGCGCAAGGAUUUCCCCUCAUAAUAUUGUCAAUGAGCCUGAAUCACCAGCUUUUCGUGCUGUUUGGAAGGCACGCCAGAACAUUCAGUGUCUCCUGCCUGGGAUAUUCAUCGGGGAUUCUUCUUAUCGACCAGAACUGGAAAUCGGAACCUCUCAUUCUAUGUUUUCAAACCAGGGUUGGAUUCGCUAUAGCAGACCAUCAGUUACCAAGUGCGGUGGCAUGUUUGAGAUAGUGACAGUCUGUUUACAGGCCAACCCAGACCUCCAGGAAGACAUAAAGAAGGUUUUCGAGCUUCUCUAUGAGAGACUGGCUAUUGCAUUUGAGUCCGGGAAAAGCUCUCCAAGGGACCAAACUAAGGAUGGAGCUACUAUCCUUCACGAGGUCAUCGCACUUAGCAUGACUGCUCUUGCUAUGCAAGAAGACCUAUAUUUUGUUCUCGAUAAAAUCAUCGGACUUCUAAUUAAUGGUGGUGCGGACCCAAAUGCCUCUAUAAAUGGCAUAUCCCCAUUUUGCCUUGUUUUCGAUCGUCUUUCAUGCAUUUUCUAUUCGCCAACCGCUCUGAAGCAACUUAGACUUGACGAGAUUCUUAAGAAGUACAACGGCACUAUUUCCGAAGAAUUCCGUUUGGCGAAGGAACCCGAGGCAGCAGGAUUUUUCCUUCGCAAUGAGGACCUCAUCCUGGAUGUUGGAAACAGUCGUAUUCUAUCGGCUGUGGCUAGGAGGUCCGAAGACGACCUUCGCAUCCUAAUUCCCGCCAGCGCGGAAGAUUUGGAAACUGUCACCCCUCAUCCACUCGCCCUUGCUAUCGGUUGGCCUGCUGGACUUGCGAUUCUACUUGAAUCCGGGAUACAACCAUCAGCAGCCAUUGAAGCGGCAAUAACUCAAGAAGACGUUCAAAGCGUGGAGCUACUUCUAGAUUAUGGAUGCCCAAUCUUUUUUCAGGGACAGAGCGAUGACGAGCCCUAUAGCCUCAUCGAAUAUGCGAUGGAUACGGGGAGCUCAGUUCCUAUAAUUUCGAUUCUUACUGAAAGCAUGGCAGAAAGAAGACGAGAGCUCUUCAGGGUGGCGUUAGAGAACUUGCCUGAAGCUUGGCUGCAAAGUAUAAUUGGAAAACGAGAAAGUAUAGGUUCUCUGCUGGAUUAUCGGGCGGAUAUGAUAUUCCAGCAGUUGCAUCAGAUUGGCAUGGACAGAAUUCAGAACUUAUAUCCCGGCACCGAAGUCACAGUCUAUCACAGCCACGGGAUGACACAUUCUACAGCGUGUACGUUUUACCAGGCUGGGUUUCAUGAUAUCGACAUACCUGACGAAACGGGACGAACACCAAUGACGAAACGAAUCAGCGAUGGUUUACACCGUGAUGGGUUUCGCCUGUUGCUCUGGUAUCUGAGAAAAGGAGCUGAUCCGUGCCGAAAAAUACCAGAAGGGCCCAACCUUCUUCAUUUCUUUUCGUGUUUCGCAACAAACUUCUUGACACUGGAAGUUUGGGAUCGUGAUGCUUGGGGCGGCUGCAACGCAAUUGGCGUCUUUGGAAAGCUUUACGAUGUCAGUUGUCUCCAGGGUACAGACGAGUGCUCAUGUUGGUGCAGCUCUACAGGUUGCACCCCAGUCGCCCUCGUUCUUAAAGGUUGCCGCAUCGGCACUGACGCUUCAUCCACAAACAAUCUGAUGCGACGCCGGCGAUUGCUUUUCUAUCUACCCCGGUAUAGCUCUAUGCGGCUGCAACUCACACAACAGAUUUUCGAAGACAUUUGCAGACUGGAAAUAUUUGAUCGGCUGGGAAUGGCUCAUACCUGUGGCAAAUAUGAGCAAGACUACGAUUGUUUUCAAUACCGCUCAUCAGACUCAGAAGAACGACAGGAACUUCAAGACGAGGAUAGCGAACUAAAAACCAUCCUUGAUGCAUACUUAGAGUUGUACUUGGACAUUCUCGACACUUACUCGGGUGAUUUCGAAGUAUUCUGGAUUGCUUGGUUGAUCACGUUGGAACUCUUUCUGCCUUACCAGUGGGACGAGCAUUGGUCUAGGAGAUACCCUCAGAUUCGGAUACCGGGUGGCACCGCUUUCUGUGACCCUGGAGAUCAGAACCCCCUUCAUCAUCAAAUCAGCAAUUAUGGCCCAGAAAAGGAGGGUAUUCGCUCAGCAAUGAGACGAUUCAUUCUGACUCUGGGUGGAGGGGUUGAGGAAUUUCUGGAGCAAUUUGCGUCAAAUCAGCACGAGCGAGCUCUUUUGGAUCGUUAUAUGGAGCAUGGAGUUCCAGUACGGGCGAGUCCAACCUGGGAAGUUUGAUCUGACCAUGGUUCACAUGAUCACGGAUGGCGAAUCAGGUGCAAUCAACUGGCACGCUGUUGCCAAUGGCGUGGCAUAUGAGUGGAAUGCGUUUAUGAGUGCAAGCUCGAGAUAAGGUUGACUAUGCCAUCUCCCGUAACUCUCUCGAUGAGAAAGAUUGGGCCACAGAAAUUGCUCGAAAUUCUUUACUGAAAAUUGCAAUAGGUGUGCUAGCUGGAUAGCGGGUGUUUGUAGCGAGAGUUGGUUGUUUGAUAAGGUGGUCUAUGGGUGAUUGACUUAAGCUUGUUUCUUGGGUAUUUGAUUAUCUAAAUCAAGGGUUUGGCUGCACCAACAAUGUAUCACUGACUAGGAAGCUAAUUCUGCCAUGAUGAAGCAUGUCGAUCGUUAAAAAACCCGUUGGUCUUUCAAUGAACACGAACAUAGGGCAUGGCAAGAUAAAAAUUAAGAUACGCUCAGUUCUACAUAACUAACAGACUGGUCCCCAC